AUGACCUGUGAAAUGAAACGUGCACUCCAGGAAACCACGCUGGCAGCCCAGGACUCCUUGGCGGUGCCUGCUGCGGGCAGCCAGGCCGCGGGUGGCAGGCCAGGCUGGGACGGGGACACUGGGGACUGCAGGAGGACGGGACUCCCUGGGGCUGGUGAAGGUACAGUGGACAUCCCUGAGAUUGGGCAAGCCAAUUUUGGAAUCAUGAAUAUGAAUCCAAAUGAAUUUGUUCACAGUUUGGAAAGAACUGUGUGCAGCAAAGAGGAACAAGACAAUGCUAUCUUGAACAUGUACAUGGAGAGAAAAAGCCUUGUUCUACAAUUCCUGCAAUCUGACCUGAGCCCCCAGCUUCUUGAGCAUCAUCACAAGAAAGUUGAGCUUCUGAAGAAGUGUUACUACUAUAUUGAGGUUCUGCCCUCACACGUAAUCCUGAGAGACCAGAACCGUGUAUUGAUUUCCACCGACAUCUUCCAAAUAAUUGACCCCUGGCGACUGCAGAGGAUGAAGAAGGUCGCAAGAACCCAGACUGAAAUCCAGCUGGUACUUUUAACUGACCUGUUAGAACAGCUGCAACGAGGUCGGGAGGAGCUGGCCUGCUACGUAGGGACAAGUGACGUGGUAACUUUCCUCUCCGAGUGGGAAUCAGUUAUGCAGAAGCUGUCAGAGCUCUCUGAGCUGAUGAACAAAUUCCUUUCCCUACAAGUCCCAGGAAAGCUCCAUGCCAAGCACCGUCUGGUGUCACAUGCAGACCUGAAAGGUACCAGAAUCCCAAACAUUAAGCUUUUUCUCCGUACCAAGAUGCCAGUGAUGUUUGAUCGAAAAGAAUCGGUUGCUCACAAGAACUGGGCCCACCUCAAAUGGUUUACUGAAAAUCAGGAGUCACCCUUUGAGCAGUAUGAACUGCAUUUUAGGUUGCUGAUGCAUGGAACUCAGACAGAUGUAGUACAAAGGGGGAUUGUGGCAGUCAGCUCCAACACAUGCGUAGUCCGUGACCUGCUACCUGACAGAUCAUACGAAUUCACAAUUAGAAGAGCAGAGACCUACACACUUGUCUACGAAACAUGGCAUGACAUCAUUACACUGAUGACAGUGAACUCAGCUGAAGACAGCAGCACCUGUGAACCAGAAGAACGAGGCGACAGAAGAAGUUUUCUCAUUUUUUCCACUUGA